AGGCUCCGCCCCGGAUCACACACUGUAACACACACACACAGGAGGACUCGCGCACACUCGCACACAGACACACACUGCUGUGUUUACACGGGGGGAGGUUUAUUUCAUUGUUUAAACCGGUUUAUUAAGUUGUUGAAGCUUUAAUCUGGAUUAUUUGGGGCUGGUUUGGUUUUUCGUGGUCUGUGGAAGAAAAGUUGAGGCUCGCGAGGAAGCUGAAGCUCUUUCACUUCAGAUGGGAUUUCCUCCUCAGUUUCUGAUGGGCUGCUAGGUGAGUUUCUUGUUGACCUUAUGGUGGUGCCACCUCCCAUCUUACUCAUGACGCGGAUUAUUUGUUCCUGAUUGGCCGCCUGCCCCUUUGGCUCCGCCCAUGACUUAACCCCAGUGCUGGUUGGCGAUGCCCGUGGCUGGGCUGUGAUGGGGCAGAGACUCUCGGCCGUGGUGAAGUCGACGGCGGAGGAGGAGCGCGGGGGUCCGGGGGUCGCUCUGGCCUUUCGCCCGGCGUUCCUGCCUCUCAGGGGCCGCGGCCGCUUGCUCUCCCCCCGCCUCGAGCUGCUGCUGGACAUGCCUCCGGUGGGCGUGGCCAGCCAGCUUCAACACGCCUGGAACCCGAACGACCGCUCGCUUAAUUUAUUCAUUAAAGACGAAGAUAAACUGACGUUUCAUCGCCACCCGGUGGCCCAAAGCACGGACUGCGCCCGAGGACGAGUCGGGUAUGUACGGGGUCUUCACGCCUGGACCAUCCGCUGGCCCAUCCGCCAGCGCGGCACUCAUGCAGUAAUAGGGGUCGCGACCUCUCUGGCGCCGCUGCACGCGGUCGGGUACACUGCUCUGGUCGGCAGCGAUGCCGAAUCCUGGGGGUGGGAUUUGGGCCGGGGGAAACUUUACCACGACAGAAAGAGCCAAACCGGACAGCCGCCAUCGUACCCUCUGCCUGAGGAAGAUGAUGACGAUGAAGGCGUGUUCUCGGUGCCAGAGGAGGUGCUGGUGGUGUUGGACAUGGAUGAGGGUACGCUGGGGUUCUGCGCAGAUGGACGCUUCCUGGGCAUGGCCUUUCGUGGGCUGAAAGGGAUGAAGCUAUAUCCGAUCGUCAGUGCUGUGUGGGGUCACUGUGAGGUCACCAUGACCUACGUCAACGGCCUGGACCCCGAGCCUCUUCCGUUGAUGGAGCUGUGCAGGAGAGCAGCCCGGCAGGCUCUGGGCCGCCACCGCAUCCACCACAUCCAAUCACUGCCUCUCCCACAGACGCUGAAAAACUACCUGCAGUACCAGUGACGGACUCUCAGCUCAGCACCCAACCCCAAAACUACCUACAGCACCAGUGACCUCAAACCCGCGACAGGACUCACCUGUCUGUAGCCGCCGCCAUUUCCAGACUACUCCUCUGGGCAGCAGCUGCCUGGAUCAGCUGGAUACAGUAUCGUAUCGGAGUGUGUUUGCGUGUUUUUAGUGUGCGAGUGUGUGUCAACGUGUGUGUGUUUUCUUAAUUUUUUUUCCCCCAAAGAGCACAGCAGACGGUAGCUUAUGAUUUUAUCACAAGGACACAACGCAUGUCUUCCGUACAAACACCAACAUUAACACUACACUAAAUAUUCACGCACACAUAUAUACAUACACGCACACAAGCGACAGUUUAACCAAAAAUGCUAAUGUUGUAGCAACACAAAUCCAAUAGCCACCAGUCGUAGCAUCACUUACCCAACUGGUGAAAGCUAGCUUCCACACACCCCUAGCCACCGCGCUGGGUUAGCAUGUUGGGUCGAGCUCACCCUUUAACUCUAAUCCAGUGCUUUCUAACGUGCACCUACACUGUCAGAGGCCUUUUCUCUUUUAUUUGAAGUGUUUUAUCCCAGGAACCGCAGUGUUUUGAGGAUGAUCCUUGUUCGUGCCUACGAUGAAACGAUAAGACGAUGAGACUGGUGAGCGCGGACGAUCACGCGCGCAGAUUGUCGCAUAUGAUUUUAUAGGAUUUUAAUCUUUUUCAAGACGUGCCUGUCUCCAGCGGUCAGGACAGGAGGCGACACUGUUCCUGCGGGACGUCCAGGGACCGGCAGACACGGUUCUGUCCAGAGCUUCUUUUUAAAUGUGAAUAAAAAUGCACACAAACCAAAA